UGUUUUGUUUUCGCUGCCCACUCCUGGUGGAAGCAAACAUUGUUGACAAAGAUGCAGCAGGAUGGCGGGGAAGCGGAGACGGCUGUACGGGAAGAGAGGAGAAUUAAAGGGGGCUCAUCCGUGUGAAAGGCUAGUUACUGCUUAUCACAACUGCAACACUGACUCCAGGCAUCUUUGACGUCACGGGCAUCGAUUAUGAAUAUAUAAUGGCUUCGGGUGAAGGGGCUCCUCCGCUGAAGCUGCAAUCAGCGUCUGUUAGCUCUGCGAGGAAGAGCGGAACGAGAGGAACGAGGGAAAAAAAAUAAAAGCACGGGAAAAGCCAACCUGCAUCCAUCCUCCAGCUAUCGGGGGCUGACUCACUCCCCCUCUCUGUGAAGAAGACAAGGCAAAGCUGUGAAAACACUCUCUCGCUCUCUCUCUCUUUCUCUCGAUGUGCCGCCUGCUAUUGUGGUGAAACGUUUCUCUUCGCUGAUUUGCCCCCCGCUUCUUAGAGGAUCGGGGAUUUAUAAUUUUCUCUGCCGGUGUCGGCACUGAGGCUUUUCUGGGGAUUGUCCAGGUCCGAGUGCAUUUCGAGGAGUGAUGCUGGAGGCUGGACGCGAUAUCACCUGCCGAAGCCCGUUUUCUUUCUCCGCCAGAAGGGAAAGUGGAAACAGACUUCGCACUGUAGCGGGCUGAUACGCGUUCCCAUUCUAAUACAAGCAAAGCACACGAAUUUUAACGCUGUUUUCACGUCAUUCCAUUCUGGAUUAUUAUUUGGCCAAGAGAGCCAAAUAAAUUCGGAAGCGCAUUUUUGUAUAUUUAGUAUUAUUUUUUGGUACUUCUUUGUCUUUUUAAACUGGGAAGAUAUUCGUUUUGAGAAAUCGCGUUCUUUUGUUUCGCGUCACUCUACAAGUGGAGAAAGAUUGUAAUCAUGUUGUUGCGAGAGAGAACCAGCAGCCAGCAGGUGUGAGAGUCGCUCCCCGACUUGUAAACAACGCAUCGCCAAACCAGGAGCAGUCACAACCAUGAAGAAAAUCUGGUCAAAGAAGAGAUUCCAGAAAACAGGACACUCCAGUCGAACCUUCGGCCGGUUCACCCAUGGUGUGUUUGGGUUUAUAGAUAACAGAGAAGUUUUCCGCUCAUGCAGAAAGCAAAGUUAUGACUCAGAGAACACGGAGGACGAAGCGGCGGAACCCCAGAUACCCAUGCAGAACAAAGAGGGGCCUGCGGGGCUUCAGGAUCGAGCUGCCCACCGAGUGCCUGCAGGCGACAGCGACCGGAUGAUGGACGUGACGGCGGACGGCCGCCGGGGUUCGAGGACGGACAGCUGGGCGGGCAGCCCGAACACGGUGGUAGAGAAGGAGGCUCCGGCCUUGGGUUCGAGAGCCCCCGUGCCGCAGGACCCCUCCAAGCCCGCCAGGAGCCAAUCUGAAGACGUUUUGAGGGAAGCACAUCCCCAAGUUCUCCCACCCCCCUCUCCCAAAAUUGGCCAGCGUUCCAUCACUUCCCCUAUUACUACCCGUUCUGGGUCAGCCCCUGGCACACCACUCACCCCUCGCAAGAAAGUUGUUGUCCCAUCCGACUAUGUAGACACCGUAGCGGGAGAAUUUGAGGACAAGAUUAAGCAACCAAAGUCCUCCGCCAUGUCUCAGAGUAGUAACACGGACUCCCGCCCUCAGACCCCUGUCAGUGAGUAUUCCCGCAAGGACUUGACGCCCCGUCCUUCCCCAAAGCUGGCUCGUGCCAGCUCCAAGAUCUUUGAGAAGGUGCGAGUCUUCGAGGAGCGAAGGAAGAGCAUCGACAAUCCCGAGGGAUCCAUCUCGGGGCGAUCCUGGGCCGGUUUCAACCGGGCCGCUUCCAUCGACUCGGACGAUGGGGGCAGCCGGUUAGGAAUCUCCAGAGAGAGCUCCAGGGAGGACCUGCGGGAGGCGCUGAAGGCGGACGCGGCUGAGAGGAGGUCCAUGUUCAGGCAGAGGGCCGCCUCUCUAGAAGACCGGCCUCGCUACUCCCAAAAGGUCCAGGACAUCGAGAGCAAGUUCACCGAGGAGCUGCGGAGGAUCAAGAAGCUGGUGGGGAAGCCCCAUCUGGCAAAGUCCUUCUCCACAGAGCAGCUCUCUCACCGCAGCAGGCAGCCCUUGAGAAAAGUGGAGCCCAUCCCCCCUCAGGUUCUCCAGAAACUGCAGAUCCGCGAGCGCAUCCAGCAGGAAGAAGAAGAGAAACGGAGAGAGCAACUGAAAGAGCGAUCGCCACAAAGAUCACCGGAACCUGAAAAGAAACAGGAAGCCCAGAAAAAUGAGGAGGAGUCUCCACCCCAGCAGCCCGAUACCAGCAAGUCCUCGGUAAACAGUGUGACGAUUAGCAGAUUUGGAGAGAAAGAAAUCACCCCAGAGGCUUUGUCAGUCACUGAGUUACCUGGCCAACGGUUGUCAAGACAGCCAGCAAGAAGCAGCCCAGUCAGAGAGCCGCCUCAGAGCUCUUUAACAACACAGAGUCCAGGUUUAGCUGAAGAGGAGCUACCCCCUCCUCCCCCACCGAAGGAGGAGCCAUCGCCUAGGAAGGUCGAGAUAUCGGUACGCCAAGUAGAACGAAGGCCUCCAAGUCCACUUGUCCAGAGAAGAUCUCCUUUUGCUCACGAACUCGCCCGUGCCCCAGACUCCCCCGUUAAAGAGGCUCUGAGGGAGGAGCCAGCGGCCAGGAGGGUCGGCCCGUCCUUACGCAAGGUGGAGCAGAGGCCUCCGAGUCCGCUUGUGCAGAGAGAGCCUCGGAUCCAGGAGCACACCACCCAAGCUCCCCCGAAACCUCCGAGACUCUCUAAACCCUCCUCUCCCGCCCACGGCUCGGUUCCAGAGCAGGAGGGUAUGGAGGUGCAGGCACCGCCUGCGUCCCCAGCUCCAAAACUCCCCAUCCCGACUAUCGUUGUGGAAGAGGAGCCCAUGGAGGUGCAGAGCGCGGAGGAGGCGGGGAGCAAACCUGUGAAGAAAAGCAGGGAGGGCGCGACACACAGAGCCAGAGGAAAAGGCCAUCGCACGAGGCCCAUGUCUCCAGAGCUCGAGUCUUCCGACGACUCGUACGUCUCUGCAGGAGAGGACCCGCUGGAGGCUCCCAUGUUUGAGCUCCCCCUGCAGGACACCGUGGCAUCUGCAGGCACCGACAUACUGCUAGCGUGCAUCAUCGCUGGCACGCCGUACCCAGAAGUGACCUGGAGAAAAGAGGAUGAUGAGAUACGGAACAGUGCCACGCACACGGUGAAGGUGGAGGGAGAGAGGCACUCGCUGCUCAUCAAACGGGCGAAACCAAGCGACGCUGGCACGUACCGUGCCACCGCCACCAACGAGGUGGGGCGUGCCACCUGCACUGCCACCCUCUUCAUCCAGCCAGACUCCAGGCAGGAGCCCCGAGGCACCCUCAGCGUGCCCAUGGACAUCAGCAGCCCCAUUACGUCUGAUGAAGAGUACCUCAGCCCCAUGGAGGAAGGCCUGGACUAUGGGGGGCCGUCCUAUCGGGGGCCUGAGCCCAGAAAAAUCGUGGACGCCCGAUUCAGGGAAACACCGUCCUUCCAGAUGACUCUUAGUGACCAGGUGGUGACUGAGGGCCAGGCAGUCACCAUGUGUGUGAGAAUGCAGGGUCAGCCCAAGCCCAUGAUUUACUGGCUAAGGGACCGUGUGACAAUUAAAACUGCUGGCCGACACAUCGUGCGAGAAGCUGAGGAUGGAACCUUCGAGAUGAAGAUCACAUCGGCACAGAGAUCUGAUAUGGGAGUGUAUACCUGCAAGAUCAUCAAUGAGUACGGAUCAAAGCAAUGUGAAUGCAAGCUAGAGGUCAAAGCUGCCCCCCGGGAGCCGGUGGUGGUGAUCACGCAGCACGUGCGGGACAUGACGGUGAGCGCGGGGGAGACGGCUCUGUUCGAGUGCCAUAUGAGCGGCCCCCAGGACGUGGACGUGGACUGGCUCUCGGACGGAAAGCUGAUCCAGCCCGCCCUGCUCAACUGCAAGAUGCACUUUGACGGGAGGAGGUGCAGGCUGCUCCUGAACUCAGUGCACGAGGACGACAGCGGGACGUACACCUGCAAGCUGAGCACGGCGAAAGAGGAGCUGACCUCCAGCGCCAACCUCAAGGUCAUUCCCUCUAUCCCACCUCUCUUUACCCGUAAGCUGGACGUCCUAGAAGUGAUCGAGGGGCGCACGGCCCGUUUCGACUGCAAGGUCAGUGGGACGCCCCCUCCCAGGGUCAGCUGGAGCCAUUUUGAGCGCACGCUCGCAGACAGCGAGAACGUUCGGAUACUGAAGGAGGGCGGUCGCCACUCCCUGCUCAUCGUGCACGUGACCAAUGAGAACGAGGGCUUCUACACGGUCACGGCACGCAACGCUCACGGCGAGGCGGAGUGUGCCGCUGAGCUCUACGUGCAGGAGCCCCGACCCGCCAUCUCCUCCCAAAUGGCGAAGCUGGAGAAGAUGCCCUCCAUCCCCGAGGAGCCGGAGAUGGCGGACAGCGAGGUGGAGCGCUUCACCAUGCCCGACUUCGUCAAGCCGCUGUACGACCUGGACGUGGUGGAGGGGAAGGAGGCGGUGCUCAAGUGCAAGGUGGCCGGCCUGCCUUACCCCACCAUCACCUGGUUCCACAACGGCAAGAAGAUCGACACCACGGACGAGAGGAAGAUGGCGCAGUACAGGGACAUCCACAGUCUGGUCAUCCGCUCUGUCUGCCAUGCCCAUGGAGGCGUCUACAAAAGCGUCAUCUCCAACAAGGUGGGGAAGGCCGCCUGCUAUGCCCACCUGUAUGUCGCAGAUGUUCUCCCUGACCCUCCGGAUGGGGCUCCGGUCAUAGAGGGGGUCACAGGGAAGACUGUCACCCUCAGCUGGAGGAAACCCAAGAGGCUGGAUCCCUCUUUAGACGCCAGCUCUUUGAUGUACGCCAUCCAGCAGCAAGCGCUGGGGUCCGUGCAGUGGACUAUCAUAGCCUCUGGGCUGAGGCAGACCUCCUACACCGUUGCCUCCCUCUCCAAAGGAGUCCGCUACUCUUUUAGAGUCCUGUCGACCGUCAGCAAGACCUUCAGCAAGCCCUCUCCCCCCACCGAACCUGUGCAGCUUCUGGACCGGGGCCCAUACCUUCGAGAGGCCCCGGUCAUCAUUGAUAAACCGGACGUGGUUUACGUGGUGGAGAACCAGUCUGUCAGCAUCACCGUGACUCUCAACCACGUCCAGGCUGCAGUCACGUGGAAGAAGCAGGACGUGUUGCUGGAGCACAGGCCUGGUGUGUUUGAGAUGAGCAUGCCUGACGAUGACCAGCACACGCUGAAGAUGGUGAGGAUGAGGAGCUCUGACGUGGGGCAGAUCAUAUGCAUGGCCACCAACCAGCACGGCAGCGACUCCUGCAUACUCACUCUGGAGAUGGCAGUGCCCCCCACAUUUGAGUCCAUCAUGGAGGACAUGGAUGUUCAGGUGGGAGAGACACCUCGCUUCGCAGUGGUCGUCGAGGGAAAACCUGUCCCAGACAUCAUGUGGUACAAGAACGACACACUGUUGUCAGACAGCAGCCACUUCACCUUUGUGUAUGACGAUAACGAAUGCUCCCUGGUGAUCCUCAACAUCCAAGAGGAGGACUCUGGCGUGUACACCUGCACGGCCAAAAACCUGGCUGGGGUGGUGUCCUGCAAGGCCGAGCUCACCGUACACACAGCCGCGCCAGAGACAGAGGAGGCCAUGGAGGAUGAGGAGACCGUGCUGAGGAAGAUGCGUAGGCUCACUGACUACUACGACAUACACAAGGAGAUCGGGAGGGGCGCUUUCUCCUACGUGAAGCGCGUGACGGAGAAAGAGGGGAAAGCGGAGUUCGCGGCGAAGUUCAUGAGCGCGCGCGCCAAGAAGAAGACCUCCGCGCUGCGCGAGAUGAACCUGCUCUCCCGGCUGGACCACCAGCGCAUCGUCUACUUCCACGACGCCUUCGAGAAGAAGAACGCCGUUAUCGUCAUCACCGAGCUAUGUCACGAAGAAUUUCUGGACAAACUGACAAAGAAGUCUAGCAUCACGGAGUCUGAGAUACGGUCCAUUAUGAGACAGCUGCUGGAAGGGGUUGGAUACCUCCACCAGAACAACAUCAUGCAUCUGGACAUCAAGCCGGAGAACAUCCUCAUGGCGGAUCCCAGCGGGGAGCAGAUCCGGAUCUGCGAUUUCGGGAACGCCAUGGAGAUCACGCUGGACGAGGCGCAGUACUGCAAAUACGGCACUCCUGAAUUCGUUGCCCCGGAGAUCGUUAACCAAACACCUGUCUCCAAGGCAUCAGACAUCUGGCCUAUCGGAGUGAUGACGUAUCUUUGCCUCACUGGGGUCUCUCCCUUCGCCGGGGAGAACGACCGUAGCACCGUGCUCAACAUCAGAAGCUACAACGUGGCUUUUGAGGAAAGCAUGUUUGCUGGCCUGUGCCGAGAAGCUAAAGGUUUUGUCAUCAAGCUGCUCGUGGCGGAGAGACUGAGACCUGAUGCCAAUGAAUGUCUCCGUCACCCGUGGUUUAAGAUGUUGACUAAGGGGAAGAGCAUCAGCACUGAGAGUCUCAAACCGUUUUUAUCCCGAAGAAAGUGGCAGCGCUCACUCAUCAGUUACAAAUCCAAAAUGGUGAUGAGGUCCAUUCCCGAGCUUUUGGACGAUUCCUCCAACCAUAUCUCCAUCGCUGUGCCAAGGCACCUCAAAGAGGGUUCACCUCCAGCGUCCUCAUCCUCCGACUCUGACGAAGACAUCGAUGAGCUGCCCUUCAUCCCGAUGCCUCACAUCAUGGACUUCUCUGGGUCCAGGAUGUCCCUGACUGAGAUCCCGGGUGAUGAGGAAGUGGCGGGCAGGCCCAACGGUACUGUCGAGGGAGUGGGCCAAAGCGCCCAGGGCGUGAUGCUCAUGGAGUGCGAGCCGUCAGAGAAGGACGGCGGUGAGACAGUGGGCAGGGGGCGUGCCAGGAAGAGGGCUACGCAGGAAGAGGGCGGGGGAUCUUCAGACGAGGAAACCGCAGAGGCGGCCAAGAGACCGGAUCAGCCCAAGAGGCCACUGCGCAGAGGUUCGAGCAUGGAGUCGGAAAAAGGAGAAGGAGUCCGGCGGAAGGGAGAGCUGCGCAGAGGGAGCUCGGCCGACAGCGCCCUGCUCCUCCACAUCAAGCCAGAGGAGGGCGCCGGUGAGGAAGCUGCGGAAGACGGGAGGAAGGUCCUGAAAAAAGCCGUCUCCAUGGAGCUGCCGCGCAGGAGCCCGAGUCCCGGCGCGGGAAAGAUGAGCCAGGAGGACUACGCGCUGAAACUGGAGCUCAUGAGGCAGCGGCUGCUGAGGGGCGGGUCUGUGGACAACAAGAUGAGUGGCCUCCGAGGCCCCCUGCUGGAGACUCUGGGCAUGUCUGAAGAGAAACGGUACUCCUCGCUGGAUCGUUAUGUGCGCCCGUCCCGGCUGGCUGUCCCGCCGCUGACUCGAGCGGCCUCCAGUGACUCCCCUAGGGACGAGACCCCAAAGACUAAGGUGCUCCGCAAGAGCGCCUCCUUCAGCCAGGGCGACGCCGAACCCAUCCCCCUCCACAGGCGUUCGGGGGCCCCGUUGGAGAUCCCCUUGGCCCAGAUAGAGGAGCGGAGGCUGCAGGAGGCCCCAUCCAUGUCUGCUCUCACAGAGCAGCCCAGGCUGGACUCCCGCCCGGUCACUCCAAAAGACCUCUCCAAACCACCCACCCCCGACCUAAACGAGCAGGAGCUGCAGAUCAGCGGCAGAAUGAAAAGAGACUCUUCAGAAGAGAGAGAGAGAAAGAUGGAGGAGGACCAGGCACGUGGUGUGUCUGGACAGAGUGAUACCAUGGUUCUUCCGGAGAAAAAAAUGAGCAUGUUAGAGGAAGAAAGAGAAGAAGAAGCAACGAAAGAAUGUGAGAGUGUGUCUGAGAGAGUGUCCCUUUCUGAGAUGACUCCCAGUACCAUGGAAGAAGAAGAGAAGCAAGGAAAAGUAAAGGAUGAAAGAGAGGAGGAGAAUUUUGCCAUCAGGAUUAAAGAUGAGGAAGAGAUGCCGCUGAGGGAGUCUCCGGAAAUCACCAUCACCACCAGCUCUGUCACUCACAUAUCGCCCUCCCCACCUGCCCGUGUCACUCUGCCCGAUGGUAGGACCUCUGCGUAUGCCAGCAUCAUGCAGACUAUCAUGGUCCCAUCUCUCCAGCCUGCUAAUGCCUCUACGCCUGCAUCCACUGCACCCACUGUUGCCCCUACCCCAACUCCCACCCCGACUCUAUCUCAGCCAGAACCUCCCUCAUGGACUGAACACCCUGCAGUCUUUUCAAGAGUGGCCUCCACCGAGCAACUAGUGAAGGAACCCAGUCCCACUAAGACUUCCACCCUUCCAUCCCUUCCUAGGGAGCCGUCCCCUGGGCGGGACAUCAAAGACAUCACCUCUGAGGAGGUAUUUCAGUCCAGGUUCAAAAAGAGAGAAUCGUCCCUGACGCGUAGCCUGAAGCUCCUGACCAGAUCCAAAGCAGAGGAGAAGCCUUCAGUCGAAGCUGACAGUGCUGGCGAAGAGAUUUAUCGCCCAGGGCCAAUCGGUGCUCCUCUAGAAUUUUCCAGGAGGCUGGAAGAGAAGUCAAAGUCCGUCCAAGACCUCCGGGAAGCUUCGAAGGACAGCAGCUUCAUGAAGAGGCUCUCCAUGCGCUUGAAGAGAACUCCGUCGGCAGAGAAGAUAGAGGAGCCACCUGCGCCCGAGCCUGGCGUGCCCCGUCGCAGGCUGUCCUGGGGCAUGGGCCGCUCCAAGACCCAGGACAAGAAGGAGGUGGAGAUGGUGAGGCUGGAUGGGGUAUCAGAGCCUCGGCAGGAAGAAGAAGCCAAGGAAACUAAGAAGACCACAGAAUCGCCCGUUCUGGCCAUGCGCAAGAAGAUCGAGUCAACAGUGGCCGGGAUCUCCAUGCGUAUCCGCAGCCAUUCGAUGGACCGGAAGGAGGAAAAGAACGCGGAGGAUAAGGAGGCCAAGCCGGAGAGCAAGAGGACACCUCUGCUGUCAAUCCUGCGUCGGACCAGCUCUGAGGGUGUGAACCUGAAGAAGAUGGGCCAGUCAAGCACCACUACCUCCACAGAGUCCCUCGAGUCAAUGUCUAGCGUCCAGUCAGAGACCUCUACCAAAACAGCCACGGACAGCGAGCGCAGGUCGAGGUGGGAUCGAUGGGGCCUGACCAGGGGCCGGAGAGACAAGACAGUGUCCCAGCCGGACAUCCCUUCAGCCAUCGCCCGGGAGAAUGGCUCCCUGCGGGGUCGCCAGUACUCCCGUCUGGCCUCAGACUUCCCCCCAGUUUUCCACAUCAAACUGAGGGACCACGUGCUUCUGGAAGGAGACCCCGUCACUCUCAGCUGCCUCCCAGCUGGCAGCCCCCACCCACACAUCACCUGGAUGAAAGAUAAGAAUCCGCUGGAGAUCGACCCCAGGAUGAACAUGAUCUCCUGCCCGGACGGACGGCAGCUCCUCAUGAUCAUGAAGACCACCAAGAAGGACGCGGGGCUGUACGAGUGCGUGGCCACCAACCCCCUGGCCUCCGUCACCAGCUCCUGCAUGAUCUCUCUGGCCCGCCUGCCCAACCGCCCGGGCACCCCAGAGAUCCCGCAGAAGUACAGGAACACGGCCCUGGUGCUGUGGAGACCUUCCGACACCCUGGCCCCCUGCACCUACUCCCUGGAGAGAAGAACAGAGGGUGAAACUAACUGGCUGAUUGUGGCCACUGGUGUGGCGGAGUGCUACUACAAUGCCACAGACCUUCCAGCAGGGGGCACCUUUCGGUUCAGAGUGGCCUGUGUCAACAAAGCCGGGCAGGGGCCCUACAGCAACCUGUCAGAGAAAGUGUGUCUGGACUCCGCAGGACCUUCCAAACCUCCUGCCGUUGUCGUCGUGAAGACCGUCCCCUCCCCCAAGCCUCCGGUUGUGAUGUCAUCAGUGAGCGGUCCAGCCGCUACCUCUGCAGUGACAAGUAAACCGGUUUCCAUGGUUACCACCUCCCAGGCUUCUGCGGCUCAAGCUCCUACACCCUCUCCAACCCCAGAAUCCGCUCCCCCCGCCCCCAAACGCCCCUCCCCACCCCGAAGCACUGCCGCUGGGGAGGCUACACCCCUGUCCCCCAGCCCCGCCCCCAGCCCUGCCCCUGCCACUGCCACUGCGGUUACUACUCCUCCCUCAGCCAACCCCACCCCAACACAUCGCACCAUCACACCUAUCCAGAUCUCCCCCUCCAUCACGCCCACCCAGACCAAGGCGAAGACCACCCUAAACAUCACCGUCACCACCGCCUCUUCCCUCACCUCUCCCACCGCCGCUACCCCAGCCCCUCCCACUCAGACCCUGGCUCUGCCCACCAAGUCCCCGCCUCCCAUCCUGCCCAAACCGCACAGCCCAAUCAAUGUGGUUUCUCCCAUGUCUCAGACCGCCCUCGUCUCCCCGCCCCCUUUAGUGUCCCCGCCCCCCGCCAUCGGCAAGCCCAUCUCCUCCGUCCCCCUGUACGUCCCGGCCACGACGGCCCCCGCCUUGGCCCCCGGCCCCUCCCUCUCUCCCCCCGUCGUCCUGGUGACCAGCCUGAGCCCUGUGGGGGACGGCAGGGGCACGCCCUCUCGCCUGACCCCCACUGGACGCGCCACACCCUCUGGACGUACCACGCCCUCCGGCCGCAGGACCCCGCUGGGUAAGCCUGGGGAGACCAGCUUACGGCAGGGGGUACCCCAAAAACCCUACACCUUCAUGGAUGAAAAAGCCAGGGGCCGUUUCGGCGUGAUCCGGGAGUGCAGGGAGAACGCCACGGGCAGCCUGUUCAUGGCGAAGAUCGUGCCGUACGAGCCGGACAGCAAGCAGGCGGUGCUGCAGGAGUACGACAUCCUCAAGUCGCUGCACCACGACCGGAUCAUGGCCCUGCACGAGGCCUACGUCACGCCCCGCUACCUGGUGCUCAUCUCCGAGUGCUGCACGGGCAAGGAGCUGCUCUACAGCCUGAUCGACAGGUUCCGCUACUCGGAGGACGAUGUGGUGACCUACCUGGUCCAGGUGCUGCAGGGGCUGGACUACCUCCACAACCGCCGCAUUCUGCACCUGGACAUCAAGCCCGACAACAUCAUGGUCACGCCCACCAACACCCUCAAAAUCAUCGACUUCGGGAGCGCCCAGAACUUCAACCCGCUCUUCCUCAAACAGUUCAGCCAGCGCCUCGGCACGCUGGAGUUCAUGUCUCCAGAGAUGCUGAAGGGGGACGUGGUGGGCCCCCCCGCUGACAUGUGGAGCAUCGGGGUUCUGACCUUCAUCAUGCUCAGCGGCAGGCUGCCUUUCCAGGAGAAAGACACACAGGAGACGGAAGCUAAAAUCCAAGUCGCCAGAUUUGACCUCAGCAAGCUCUACCCAAAUGUAUCCCAGAGUGCAUCUCUCUUCCUGAAAAAGAUCCUGUGCAGCUAUCCGUGGGCUCGCCCCACCAUUAAGGACUGCUUCAACAACUCGUGGCUGCAGGACGCGUACCUGAUGAAGCUCCGGCGGCAGACCCUCACCUUCACCACCACCCGUCUGAAGGAGUUCCUGGUGGACCACCAGCGCCAUCGCUCGGAAGUGGCCACCAAACACAAGGUCCUGCUGCGCUCGUAUCAGAGCACGCCGCAGACGCCCACCACGCCCACCACGCCCGGCACCAAGUGAGCCAGCGAGCGCAGCCGCGGAGGGCGAGAGGGCGGGGCAGGGCGGGGCCAGGGGGGCGGGGCUGAAGGGUGAAAGCAUGCCAGGGCCUCCAGGAGAAAGGAGCGAACAGGACACGCCCCUCCACCCCUGACCCCGCCCCUCCUCUGCUCCGGACGCGAGAGCCGAGGCUUCGUUUCCACCACCCCCCCUCAGACCCCCCCUCCUUGGGGCAGGGCAGGGCGGGGCUCCGUGGCGGACUGGCCACGCCCACAUGGGUUUAGGCCCGCGAGACUCCACAGCCCCGCCCCUGAAACCAGACUGGCUUUCUAAGCAGAUACCUCACCGACUGUCUGACAGCAUGCUUCUGCUUUUCUCUUUCCCCUCAACUCCUCCUCCCUCUCCCCCCUUCCUAAUUUCAGUCUUUUCCACUGAGCUUUUUCCCUCAAUCAAUGCAGAGGGGUUGAUCUUAGAAGACUGCUGAACGCUGACCCAUUACAACUGAGAAAUAACGUUUUCUGACCUUCUAAUCAAAGCUCUCUUCUCUAAAACUGAGUUGUAGCGCUGUUGGUGAAAGAGUAAUGUUAAUGUGAAUGUGACUCUGUCACCCAGCGACAGCCAGGCACUUCCUAUCUGUGGAUAAGUAAGGUGUACAUCCUUCUCUUCCUCAUUUAUAAGCUCAGUCAUGUUCUUUUCUCACCUUCAUUCUUUUAUCAAUAUGAAUCAGAGUUUUUGCAGUAGUCGCAAUGACUGACAGAUGUCAAAGAGUGGAUGGACACCACUGAGAUGGGUUUUCCGUAGAAUUAGCCAAUGGCAGCGCGAGAAAGAAUUGGCUUAAAGCCAGUGUUUCUUUAAUGGACCCCGUGGGCUAUUGGCUGCUGUCAGUGCUUCACAGUCACACGGUCAGAAGCACGCGGCCACUUGCAUGUAAGCGUUCAGUUCCCAAAGACAUGUCAAAAGGAGGAGUAGACGGCUGUCCUGAAGAACUUCAGCAGAUUCAAACCUUUCGACGACAACCGCGUCCUGUAGGGUUUGCAUACGGCUGAACGGAAGGCAUGACUGCCAAAUAUCGCUGGUACGUACAGAACAGUCAUUAAAUAUCGCCAACAACUCAUGAGUAAGGACUCCAGAUCAGAUUUGUUUGCUAUAUUUUUGUUACGUUCUGUAACACCAGUUUAUGUAAAAUGGAGAGAGAUUGCCCAAUGGUUCAGCCUGAUGAAAGGAGGGAGUUGAGGGUACAGGGGUCACAGAAAAAAGCCGGAUCUGGUAUGAAAUGGAGGGUGUUUGGAAAGGAAGCUCCUGCAGUUGUUCAUUAGCUUUAAGGCCAGGUCAUCCUGCGCCACACGCUAACCAGUCCUGCGGCACGCCCUAACAAUGCAAAUGUGUUCCUGUACAGAUUUUGCCUGUUUAACGUACGGAGCUAAAUUUCUUCCUCCAGAUUGACUACCUUACGUCAGAUCAUUCUAUUUUUGGAAAAGAGAUAAAAAGCAUAGUUUUUACUGAACAAAAUAGGGUUUGCAUUUUUAUUUGAUUUUAUUUAUUUUUAUUUUAUUUUUUUUUUUUUUUUUUUUUUUUUUUUGAGAAGCAUGUAUGUCUCUGGCACAUGAAACGUUCACUAUAAAAAUAAAGAUAAAGAUUCUAUAAAUACCCUGGCCUAACACUUCUGGCUGUACCUCUUGUCCAUCUAUUGUGGUAGUACCCUUUCUGUACUUAGUUACUGCAGUUUGGUUUUUUUUAAUGUACAUUUUGACCUAAUUUAAUUUCAAGAGAUUGUUAAAGGAAUCAAGAUACAUGCUAAUGAGUUUCAAGCUACAAAUUAAUAAUGUUUUAAUGACAAAUUGUCUAUCACAGCAUCACACAGUAUUGAAAUUAUGUUUUGGAUUUGAUUUAGCUUACAUUUUGAAAUUGAUAGCUAAGAAAACAACAGAUUUGUUUGUUUUAGAAAACAAGUAUGAAAAAGUUUUCUGACAUACUUACAUAGCUGAAAAAAGGAUUUUGAAAUCAUGAAUUGAAAUCAGCUGAAAUCAGUGUUUCUUUCUGUUUAACUAAUGAAGAAAUUGUUUUUUUUUUUUCUUCUUUUAAGUAAUUUCUUAAGGAAAAUAUUAUACAGACACAUGAACUAGGCUUGAUGUUGGACACAACAUAUAAUAUUGGUAGUAGAAGUAUUGUACUUGACAUGUUGUGUAACCAGGAAGUUAGUGACAGCACUAAUAUGGGUCAUGUACCGUAGCUGACUGUAAAAUUCCCUUUUAUUUUUUGAGCAAAUGCAACAGUGUUUUCUUUUUUGGCAAUAGACUGUUUACAGAAGUCUUCUUGGAUGUGUAAUUGGACUUUGUGGUCAAGUGUGAGAAUGUUGAGUUGCUGCUUGUGUAAUACCGUCACUACGUUUGGCGUGAAGCUGUCAUAGAGCUGUGAUCCCAUAACAGAACUACUGUUGUGUUCCUUACCUAUGGAGUAAACUUGGGAGUGUUCCUUCAAAGCCUCAGUAUUCAUAAUAGAUGAUAACAUCCUCAGUAUAUUUCACAUGGUUGGUCAUAUAGGAAGAUACUCACAAGGAUAUUUUUGUUUGUUUUUUAUUGAUCUAUACUUUGACUGUGUAAAUAUAGAUGCCUUGAGAGUUCUUGUGAAUGUUAUUGAAGUUGAUGGGGGAUUCUUGCACAACCCAGCAUAACAUGCAGUAGGGUGAACUGCGUUCUUACAUUUGGAGAAAAGUUGAACCCAGAGUGAGUUCUGUCAGUAGAUUAAGUUGAACGCAGAGUGUGUUCUGUCAGUAGAUUAAGCUGAACACAGAGCAUGUUCUGUCAGUAGUUUAAGAUGAACACAGAGCAUGUUCUGUCAGUAGUAUAAAAUGAACCCAGAGUAAGUUCUGUGAGUACAUUAAGAUGAACACAGAUCAUGUUCUGUCACCAGCUUCAGCUGAAUCCAGAACAAAUUCAGUCAGCAGUAAAGCUACAUAAAUGUUUAACGUUGAGAUGAGUUGCACGCCAGGUUGCGGUUCUAGUCACCUGCCACUGAUUUCCAGGGAACAGGCAUUCAUACCACAGAUAUGAAUGUUUUCCUGUACUCUGUCGCCAUAGAAACAGUACAGUACCUGCCCCUGACCUUAAGUCAAUUUUGAUGCACCCCUCCCCCUACAGAACGUCCAGUCUGAGGGACAGGUUUCGUGGGGUAGGCUUGUUCCCAGAGAAGGCCAUGCGAAGUUUUGUACAUGCAAGUGGGUAAAUCUACAAAGGAGAGGGAUUCGGUUACGCGUGGGGGAGCUUUGGGUCGGUGAGAGACCCUUUGGCAUUUAAGACGCUCCCUCGAACCGGCGGCCGCCCCUGGGGACGAGCCUCUUUAGAAACCGCAGACGGGAGCACGCGAUCUGCACCUUCACAGCGAUGGCCGCCAUUUUCAAUCGUAUGUAAAGUGUUAUUUCCAGUGGUUUGCUUAUUUAUUUAUUUAUUGUUCAGACUCAGUUAUGACUCUGGAACCUUUUACAACUUUGUGGAAUUACUCAUUUAACUCUGGUGUGACUCUAAGGCAUGAUAGCUGAGUACAAAGAAUCCUAAUAAAAAAGCAUCCGACAAA